AAACUUCAAGUGUCAAGCCAGCGUUUCCGGCCACAGACCAGAUGACGACGCUAAUGAGCCGCGCCGUUGGCGUCCUGCUCGCCGUCGCCGUCGCCGCGACCGCCAUGCGCACGAGCAUCCCAUCCGGCGACCCCGAGUGCUUCCUCCUCGAGGCGCAGAAGUUCAAGGAGGGCAUCUCACUCAACUACGACGUCAUCGCUGGUAUUGGCGAGGAGCUCGAGACGACGUUACUCAGCCCGUCCGGCAUCCGCCUCUUCCACGAGGUCGGGCCGAAGGGCCGCUUCGUCACGCCCGUGCCCGAAGACGGCCUCUUCCAGGCGUGCUUUGGCCACAAGAGCUCCGUGCCCCUCGUCGUCGGCUUCUCGUUCCACGCCGACGACCCGGCCCACGACGUCGUCUCGAACGCCGACGCGACCAAGAUUGAGCAAGCCCGCGCGGUCGAAGACAUGGUGUACGAGCUCAACACGCACCUCGACACGGUCAAGGAUACGCAAUCGUACCUCAAGGCCAAGAACCUCCUCCACCAGCAAGUCGUCGACAGCACCAACAACCGCGUCCUGUGGUGGUCGUGCAUCGAGGCCAUCAUCCUCAUGUGCAUGGCCUUCUGGCAGAUGAGCUACCUGCGCCGGACGUUCGAGGUCCGACGCGUCCUUUAACAUGUACAGCCUUCACCUCGUUGUCCUUGUCCAUGUCAUCUUCA